GACUGCUCACUCACGUAUGACUCGAUGGAUCACACAUUUUCAACAGGAAGGUUUUACAAAAAGCAUAAAAUUUUUGGCCCGAAUGAUUUCUGUUAACAAAAUUAUUCUAUUUCAAAAGAUUCAUCACUAUUUUUGAUGUGUUUAUUUAAGAGUCAUAAUCGACCAAACUGAACCUGAUUUGAAAAGCCAACCUUUGUACUUAGCUGAAAAGGAGCGAAGUUCAUCCAAUAUUGAUACCCAAUAAAACCACACAUACCAAGUUGUAUUGGCGGGCAGUUGUUCACCGGCCCGAUACAGGCAUGAUAAUAAUGUACAUGGCUUCAUUUGCGAUGGCGGAACCAUAAUGUACGUGCUCUACGCAACAGUGCAGUUCAUUAUUAUAAUCGAAAAUAUGGAACUAUAUACCGAGUAAAUUCACCUUACAGAAGAGAGAUCGUUCAUUAUGAAUCCUUCAAAUAAAAGGCGCCUUCGGACUGCCAGCAUUCUUCAACAAACCUUGGAAACGUCAAGAACAUAUUUGAAUAGAUAAACAAAAUACUUUUCACGAAAGAAAAAUAAACUGUCAUACAAUAUGGAUCUCCGCGACAACGAUGCAGCUACAAUCAACUAUACUACAACUGAAGUUGGGGCAUCAACGUCGACCACGAUAGUGAAUACGACAUCGACGACCACGAAAUCUUCAUUAGUGAAUGAAACGACACCGAUGACGACGUGGUUGACGACUUUGGAAACGAACAUGACCGAUUGCCCAGAUGGGUUGGAAUGGAUAAGAGAUCAUUUCGGCGACUGUAUCGAGUCGACGACACAGUUGUUCGCAUUUUCAUGUGCCAUAGUUGGGGUGUCCCUUUGGAUCAUUGGACACUUUUUUUUAUUAAAGUCCCAUCGGAACAAUCCUGAUAUAUCCUGUUAUCGCCUUUGCUUCCUCUUCAUCAGUGGAUUGGGUUCUGUUUGCAACUUAGUCGGGACAACGCUUUGUGAUCAACUUGGCACACAGGUUUUAACAGCCUGUUACCUGGUCUUCAGUGAAGUGGUGCUACUUUUCCAGUGGAUCUAUUGGUGGAACAGGAACAGAAAGCUUAAUAAACAAGGACUGUCAUUUUAUGUUUCGUCAGAUGGCUGGAAGUCACCUGAUAAAUCACGUGACGAAAACACGAUGAACGGAGGAGGGAAUGUUGUGCUCUGUUUGGUUUGCCCGCUCCUGAUGACCGCAUGCUACUUGCCAAUUCGAUUCAGCAUUAUACCAUUACCAUGGCAACCAAGUGACCCAGUCCAUAUCUCCGGCCGGAAACUUCUUAUGGUAUCUGAUUCUACGACAGAUAACUUCGGCUAUGCCAUGGGAUUUGCAGCCCUAUCCCUCUACGCAUCUUGUCAAAUACCAACAAUUGUAAACAUUGUGCGACACAAGAUGAGCUACACUGUAUCCCUAUGGCAUCACAGUCUGGUGAUUGCAGCCAACAUUCUUUAUUUCAUAUCCAUCAUUUCGUAUAAUACUGAUCCUGUCUUUCUUACUAACGCGCUUCCAUGGUUAUUAAUAAGCUUGUUCUUUAUUUUCUUCAGUUCAGUUAUUAUUAUCGUUGUGCUACGGAACCGGGGGAUCGGUUCCCAUACCCGGCCAGUCGGUCGGAGGCGACCGGAUGGCACGUUCCUGUUGUAUCCGAGUGAGGAGAGUUUAAACUCGGAUUUAGAACGCACGGGAACGCUUCGAUUCACAGACGAGGCAGGGAAGCUACCCAGUAUUCAGGAGGAGCCGCAUCUUGAGAAUAACGAACAACAAGAAGCUGAAAAUCGUGAUGAUUAUGUAGACGUCGAUCUUAAUGACGACUACGACGCCGAGACAGCCAGCAUACAUAGUCGAGCCAGUGAUUUCAUCAUGGACGACGAGGAAGAUGUCUUUGACCGCGAUCAAGAGAAGAGGCGUUCGAUAGCGAAACAGAGAAAGGCAACCGACUUCGAUGAUGACGGUUUGGAGUGGGAUUUUGAUGAUUUUCGACCGAAGUACACUGGUAGUGCUGAUGAUUUAGAGGGCAGCAUUUUGGAUAAGAAUCCGUCGUCGCCAAAUCAUCUUCAUUCCCUCGGUGUUCCUCAUGACCACAGCGAUGAUCUCGAGGACGACGGCGAAUGGGACGAGGAGAGAGUACUUGGCGAGAUCGAGAGGGAAUUGCAGAUGGGUGAUGAUAUGGAUGGCGACACGAUAUCGAUGGAAUACGACACCGCCGAUGAUGAUGGUGAACAUUUCGAUGACAUGCAGUAUUCAUACGUGUCGAAUUCCUAAUGAGACUAUGAGGGUUGUUACAGGGAACAUCUUUCCAACCGAUUUCAAACUUUGAUGCGAAUUUGCAAUUGAUAAAUCAGCAAAUCACUUCGCACUUGUUAUUGCGCAUGCGCAAAGACCGGUUGCUUACGCAAUUUAGAGAACAUAUAUCAUCUGUCAAAGUCCCAUGUGAUAUGUGUUUUAAUCUACUAACGAACGAGUUUUCACUACCUUUAUUUGUUUUAAAAUAUAUAUAUUUACAAUGUUAACAUUCAGCAAAGCCAUGGAAACGUAAUUUUUCUGGACAUUGUCUAAUAGUUCUUUUUGUUUCUUAACGCGUUUAUGAGAAUUAACACAACAUUACAAAAUAUUUACCUAAUUGUGCAAAAAUUACUGAUUACAAUCAUUUCAGGUGAGAUUGAAUAAACAAAUCAUUAUAAAUAAAGAAUGACACAUUGACAAUACAGAAAAGAUUGAAAGGAAGAUAGUUAGCGUGAUAAAUAUAGUAUAGAUAGGAGGAAAGAAACAUAAAAUGAUAGCAAAGGAAUGAAAGAAAAAAAAAGAUUUUUAAGUGAAAAAUUAAUGACAUGAAAUGGAAGCUGAUAGAAAACAGGAUAAUAAAGGAAUGUUAACAAAUGCAAGCAUAUCCAAGAUUUUAUUAUUCUGAAAAUCGUGUUUUAUACUGGAAAUCGUUUUUUAGGACACUAAUAAGUCAUGAGUUGUAGGAGACAUCAAGGCGCAGUAAAAGGAAGUUUGUAUCAGAUUAUUAUUAUUUAGGAAUAUAUUUUAAAAUAUGAUUAGAAUCCAAAAAUUGUACAAAAAAAUGAAUAAUAGAGUUCAAGUCUAUUUAAAUCAUAAUAAAAUUUGAAUUAUGUUGCUGCAAAAGACUGUCCAAAUUGAAAUAUUAAUUCUAAAAAUAUGUAUAUAUCUAUAAAGCUAAAGGAUUGAUAAGUAAUGUUUUAUUACUGACUAAAUAUUGCUAAAACAUCAUAUCAAUGUUUGAAUUUGUUGUUUAUCGAUUUCAUAAAGUAUUUUCUAAUGAUGAAUUAAGUUUCAUUAUGUACAAAACAUUGAGAAAAAAGUAUAUUGCUUGUUAUACUGUUGUACACCAAAGUGAGCUAUAUGAAAUAAUAUUUCACCAAACCGUUUUGAAACAUGAAUAAUCAAACAGUCACGUCAAAUUAUUAAAUCAUUGAGAAAAUAAUCAUGAUCAUGAUAAUCAUGUCUUGCAGGAAUUUUGUUCUGAAUGAUACAAUAAACGUUUUUUUAAUGGAUAUUUUGAUAUAAAAUGUAAAUAAAGAGUGAUUUUAUCAAGAUUGCGUGUAAAGCAUAUUUCUUGUCUUCCAUCGAUCGUAUGUUCGAGGUCAAAUAACUAUUCAUCUUACCAUGCAUGAUCUUACGGAUCUCUUGCACCCGACUGAUAGAGGGCGACAUUGAUCAUUAUUACAUAUAUUAUGACCACUAAUAAUCAAUACUACGGUUGAAAGGUUAACAAACAUGCUUCAUUUAUUGAGAAUUAAAUAUUGAAAAUAAA